CGGACCUCCCCGACAACGACGACGACACUCGAGAUCGGCAACGUUCUACGAUUUUAUGCCCGGCUCGUAACGUAUGAUUCACGAUGAUGGCACACAGAGAGCGCAGACAAACGGUCAGACAGAGAGAGCAGCAGCAUGGGAGAGAACGAGAAAGAGAGAGAGAGACAGUCCGGGGACCGUGUCCCCGCGGUGAUGAUGAUGGGGCCAUGCGUUUUGGCGAGAGCAUAAAUACUUUAAAUUGAAUCAAUUUCCAACGACUACCACGGACGACCACGUUCUGGGGGAGCAGCAGCAGCACCAGCAUCGUCGUCGUCGUCGUCGUGGUCGUCAGUAGUGCCGGGUUCCGGGUGCUGUUACUGUGAGAUAGAUUCGCCGAACAUCUCGUCUACAUUGCUCAUCGGUGCUGCUGCUGCUGCUGCUCUUGGUUGUUGGUGGAAGUCCCUUGGACUUGUACUGUUCAGGAGUGUGGUUACGAAGCUGCCGAGUCCGUGUGCAACACUCAAUCGAUGGAGGAUCCUCAGCCUAGGGGUGCUACUCGUAAUCGAUCGUAUUCCAGUGUGAUUUGUUCUAACCCAGUGUUGAGUCUGGUGAGCCUUCUACUUACUGCUAGAUAGUCAAAAAUCACUCUUAGUCGACUAAACAGAGAGAAGGAGAGAGAGAGAGCCUUGAGCAAGGAAGCAAGAGCACGAGACCCGAAGAAGAAUCUACUGUCCUGCUGCUCCACCUUCGGUGGUGGGUGUGUUCCUGUGUCUCUGUGUGUGUCUGUUUUCGAGAGAAAUGGGGGCUCGUCGUCGGUCGUCCGCGCUCUGAAUGUGAGUGAGUGAGUUUGGUUUUGGUGAGCGCGGCGACGGCGGCAAACGGCCAAGAAAACAAGCGCGCAAAACCGACCACCACCACCAGAAAGCAACAAGUUUUGGUCGUGUGCGGAAGGAAAGCUGAUGUUUUGGCUUUCUCGCAGCCCCAUCUGACAGCUGCUGGCAGGCGGCAGGGUAACCUUCACCUCCUCCAUUACCACUCAGGCCUCGCCAUCUUGCUAGUGCUGCUGCUGCUGCUGCUGCUGUUAGUAGUGCCAUCGUUUGGCCUCACUAGUUCGUGUUCGUCUGCCUGCUACUGCAUGGGGUGUGUAUUUGCGAUCUGAGUGUAUGAGUGUGUGUGCACUAUUCAGUUUGUGGUCGUCGUCGUCGUCGUCACCGAAUAGUACCGGCCUACUACUACGCGUACGUGUGUUUUGAUAGUUUUUUGACAGCCAGAGCUGUGUCGCUGUGUGUCGCGGAGCGUAAUCUCGCAAAGCAAGAAGCGCAAAGCAACCCUCGGUAACGUUCCGCUUCCGUUUUCGGCAGCCCCCCCUUGUACUCAUCCCAGGCGAACCAUCCACCCAGUGUUUGUGUGUCGGUGUAUGUGUCUGUGAUUUAACUUGUUGUGUGUGGUCUUUGCAAGGCAUCCGCCUACUGGGCUUCAAAGAAGAAGGAGUGACGAAAGUAAAUCGAGAAGAAAGUUAAAGAAAAACGAAAGAAAACCAAAACAUUCCCAGCAAGCUGUGGGGCGAUUGUUGGCUUGCGAAGUUGCUACGCGUGAGCCCACAAAGUUCCUAGAAGCGUGUCCUGAAAGAGCGGAAGGAGCAGAAGAACAAACACGGUAAAAAAAAACCUCGAAAUGUCCGGCCCAACGUCGUUAAGCGGAGCGGAAGAGGAUGAGCAAACCAAUUACGACACACCGGACGAGACGGGGCUUACGAAAGCGCAGAAGGUGGCCCUGACGGCCGCCUGGAGCAUCGUCAAGAAGGAUCUGGUCACUCACGGGCGCAACAUAUUCGUCAUGUUCUUCGAGGAGUACCCGAAAUACCUGGACUACUUUGAUUUCUCAUCCGGCGAUACGGGUGAUCUCGGGGAAAAUCGGUCCUUGCAUGCGCACGCCCUGAACGUGAUGAACUUCAUCGGAACACUGAUCGACUACGGGUUGAACGAUCCUGGACUGUUGCGCUGCAGCCUCACGAAGCUGGUGCGAAACCAUCGGCGGCGUAAUGUGACCAAGGAGGAUGUCGGGGCGGUUGGUGGAGUGAUCAUGCGCUACACUUUGGACGCCCUCGACGCACAUCGAUCACCGACGCUCGAGGAAGCGUUCGAAGCGUUUCUCGGUACGGUCGCUGAAGCGUUCGAGUGAGUCCAAGGAGGAGAAGACCAUCGGGAGAUCGGCUGCUUCGAAGAGGCGACGCAGAUAGUGACAUAGUCUGCCCGAAGAGGGACUCUCUCGCGAGCGCACGCUUGCGCUCUGUCUGUCUCUGCAACUCGCUCGCCUCGCCGCCCCUAUCGCUUUCCGGGAAACAUUCCAACAUGGACGUGCGCUUUUUAUGAUCAGAAAAUAGAAUAAAAUUUUGAGUAUCGUA